UUCUGCUGCUCUCCUGCCGCUCACGCGCAUCUUCGCGGAUGAAGUGGAGACGUUUGUCACGUGACCGGCAGACGGCGUGAGCGCUGUGAGACGGACAGAACACCGACGGCAGCUUCUCUCUGUCUCUUCUGUCCUUCUGUCUCUUCCUCAUCGGGUCGCACGACAAAUUCAGCGGGGGAAAAAAAAUGGCCCUUAUCUCUAUUGAAGAUCUCGCUGAACUGGAUGAUGAGCAGUUAGAAGAUGAAGUCACUGAAAACUCCCAGGCUGUAGAUGACGAUGAGGAGGAGCAAAGGCUGCUAGCUCAUUGGCAAGCCGUGGGGAGGACACAUCAGGUCUCCGUCCCAAGAGAGAUGACCGGACCCAUUAUGGAGAUGACGAGGAGGAAUCAGCAAAUGGAAGCUGUUCCUUUUGUCACCAUAGCAACCCAUGAAAAGCUGGGUGAGGUCGUAUAUGAGGAGAGAGUGUAUCCACCAGGUAAAUGGGCCUGUAUCACUUUUGGAGAGAAGCUUUAUGAGCAGAGCAUCUCUAAGGGCUUCAUGAAACUCAUGCGCUUCAUCUGCAAGGAAAACUCCGCUGGUCGUUACUUGGGCAUGACCGUGCCUGUGGUGAACGGGAUUAUGAUGCUAAAGGAUGGCAGCGGAUUAGAAAACGAAGUCCUGACCGCGUACUACUUACCUGCCGAGUUUCAGGCAAACCCUCCUCAGCCUGCGGACCCAGACAUCACUAUCGUCCACAGGGACUCGCUGCGAGUGAUCACCCGGGUUUUCUUCGGCACCACUACAGAGGAGACGAUCUCAAGGCAGAUCCGCUUACUGUGGGAGCUGCUGGGAACAUCUGAGGACAUUCACCAAGACCAGUACAUGGUGGCUGUUUACGAGAACCCCGGGGUGCCAUCACGUAGAAACGAGAUCUGGUUCAUCCGCCAGAACCCUUAAGGGGGGUUCUGCUCUCUCUCUCACACACACACACACACACACACACACACACACACACACACACACACACACACAGUCCUUAUAACUGCACCUCCCCUGUGGCACCAGCGAGAAUGACCAAGCUAGUGAGAUGAAUAAAGACAGGACAGUUCUUUAAUACUACUAACAGUAUUAACUCAGGCUACUGAGGAUUCUAGUGAAUAUUUUUCCAGGUCAUAUAAUAAUUUUAGAAAAUAUUUUUGUAAAAUUUUGAAAGAUUUGAGCCAGAUAUACGUUUAAGGUACAUCAUUCGAUCACAGUUCUUAUAUAAAGUGUAUAAGAAUCUGAAUACACACAGUUCAGGUAGCAUAACACAGUUCUCAUUUAGUACUUUUCCAUACACUUUAUGGGCAAAAGUUUGUGGACACCUGAGCAUAAAAUUGUUUUAUAUAUAUAUAUAUAUAUAUAUAAUUUCCGCUGUCAAGUUGUUAGUAAUGUCAGGUACUGAUGUAGGUGAGGUGAGAAAGCCUGGGGUGAGUUCUUUUCAAGGGUGUUGGGUUUGGGUAAGAGAUCUAUAGCAGGCAUUCAAGAUCUUCCACUUCAAAUCCAUGUAAACUGUAUCUGAAUGGAACUGUCUUUGCAUGCUGGAACAGGUUUGGAUCUCCUAGUUCAAGGAGAUCCCUAUACAAUUGUGUGCCUCGAACUUUCUGCUAAGAAUCACUAAUAACUAAAAUAACUAAAAGGUAGUACAGGUGUCCCAAAGGUUUUGCCCAUAUAGCGGCGUUCAUUCUUCACUUUAAAUUGUCAAACUGAUAUUCACCACUAGGGGGCAUUUGAACCCAACAUUUUGUUCCAGAACUACUUGUGAAAACUUUUUUCACUUUUUUUUUUUUUAAACACUGAUUUCAAGCAUUUGUGUCUUUUUAUUCUCUUUGUUCUUUUUUUUUAAAUGAAACUAAACUACUAAACCUAUUUUCCAUCGCUUGUUUAUUCUCAGCACAGUCUGCUAUCCUUAAGAGUUUAUAUAAGAAAUCAUGGGAAAGUAACCCACAGAAUGUACGACUAACUUCACUGUGCCCUCUACACUGCACCUCAAGCUAUUCCAUCAGCAAGAUCAUCAGCGGUUUCGACCGAAACGUGUCGAUCGAAUGUCCGAUAGACCAAAGGUUUACGCAAGCGUGACAAAUCAGUUCCCACGUGACGGAUUUUACUGUGACCUUGUAUGUAACUGUGAUUUUUUUCAUUCAAAUCAAUUAUGAGAACACAUAUUUUUGUACACGAGUAAAAUUGGGGAAAUUUCUCAACCGCAUUUCCACUUGUAUAUGCCUGUGAGUUUUAAUAACAAGAAUGUAUAAGGCAAACGUAUUAUAUACAAUCAGCACAUCGAUGUUUUUUUCCAGAGCGACUUACAACUAAGGGCAUCCCUCAAGGCCCAACUAAGUGGUGCUGGGAUUCGAACCCAUGACCUUCAAAGUCAAAGGCCAAUGCCUUUAACCAAUGAGCUACCGCCUUCCUACAGUUUUAGCCAAAAUCAACAAUCGUCUGAAUCACAGACAUGCAGAAACUCAUCUGGUUAUUAAUUUUUUUUCACUGUUCAGAUGUGAAUCAGUGUCAUUGAUAGCUUCAUAUCGAUGUUCUUGCCUGACAGGAGCGGAAUCUGAUUGCUUAUUUUCCUGCUAUUUACGAUUUUCUACUUGUAAACUCGAUGUUUUGUGUGUUCUGAGAUGCGUUUGUUCCAAGCUGUAUAGCCAUUUUCCUCUGAUCCCUCAGGUGCACUAUUCUGUGUAAAUUCUUGAGACGCUUGUGUGUGAAAAUCUCAGGAGCUUCUCAUACACUCAAACCAGGCUAUCCAGUCCAAACGUCCAUGCCAUGAUCCUGUCACAGAGAUCACACCUUUUCUUCACCCUAAAGUUUAAACCAUGAUUUUAUUUUAAUUUUUUUUAUAUAUACUAAACACUGAUAAUAAAGUUAUUCUCUCCUUGACCACUAGAUGGCAGCAUAACCACUGUAGUCUGUUUGGAUGUACAGUAUUUGGUUUUUCCUACUCAAUGGGACCAUGUAUGGGAUGAUGGGAUGUAGAUGUUCUGUAUGAUGCAUGUCACAAGACCUUGAACCUUUUUACUAACCUUGAAAUGAUCACUGAUUUCGGGGAGUUGCUCAGCUUUCGUUGGAAUCUUCUCCUGUGUGCCACUUUUCCUCAUCGUGUUUGUUUUAGUAUCGUGUCGAAACUUCUCACACUGAUCUCAGAGGAGUUGAUUAGUCAACAUUAAUGAGUCUGUUAGGAAGCUCAGAAGACUAACGCAGCAGAUAUAUCGACGUUAUAAACUGGUGUGGUGUAGAUUUCACGUCUUGUGGACUUUAAUGUGCAUAUGUUCUAGAUGUUUGUUGUUUUUGCUUUUCUCUAAAGAAUAAAGUGCAGCGCUGAUGGUC